AUGCUGGACCGACUGGAGCUGCCCACACACGAGCACUCGAACGCGUUUUGGUCGGCCCCAAUCACUGUGAAGCGUCUUGCCGUGUUGGUUCUGAAUGCAUCGCACGAUUCUUGGCACAUGGGUGGCGUGGGCAUGCACAGCUCGGCGCUGUUCUGGACCUUGUGGAGCCACGCCCAGCUGACCGUAUGUGCUGACGGCGGCGCGAACCGUUUUGCUAAGGGGACGACGGUAGUGAAGGAUCCCGACCAGUCGACGAACGACUUGGACAAGUGCUUGCGACUUGUGUAUCAACAACAGCAAGAGCACUACACGACGGAGAACAGCGUCACUGACUUGUUUUCCGUCCUGAUUUUUGGAGCUAUGGGCGGACGAUUUGACCAGGAGAUGCAGAACAUCAACGCGUUGUUCAGGUGGAGCGGCAAGUUCCAGGAGCUCGUGUUGCUGUCGGACGAGACGACUGCGAGGUUGCUCGAGCCGAACGUGCGGCAUGUGAUUACGCCCAACUUUGCGUAUGAAACACGCACGUGCGGCUUGAUACCCGUAGCGGGAACGUGCGAAGAGACGACGACGUCGGGGCUGAAGUGGAAUCUGACUCCAGGCAUGGAGACAGGCUUUGGAGGACUGAUUAGUACCUCGAAUCACGUGGAUGAUGCAUGCGAGCAGGUAGAGGUCGUGGCGUCGCACCCGCUCAUUUGGACCACGGAACUGAAGAGGCCGCUCGACUAA